AUGGAACAUAGAAUUGUCGGUCCUCCAGUAAACCUUUGGCUUUUUGAAGGUAGUCUGUCCUGUCCAGUACAGCUGUGGAACGCCACUUGUCCGCUGGUAUGAUGACCAGGUCUUUGUUGGUCUUGAGUUUUCUAAGCGCAUUACGUGCGACCUUGAAAAGCAUAUCCUGCGGCCUGUGGACCAUCAGGAGAGACGACACCUGGUGUCGGAUGAGGCUCUUAAUCUCCUCCGUUGCCUCCGUCUGACUCAGGAUUGGUUCCACUGCUGCAUCAUGUUAACAUUUUUGGGCAGGAUGGUAGUUGGUAGCCCUGUCCACUGAUUCUACAGUUGUACCUACUGACUCGAUUUGGGUAUCUGUGAUAACGCGCUCAUCAUGUCUGGGGGUGCACGCACAGAGGCCUUGUUAGGAUGACAUUCUUCUUCACUUUAACCGCCCCGAGAACGAGGCGCUCCAAGACUGUCUAUAUAGACUCAUUGUAUUGCACCCCCACGCGGAAAUCUUUAGUAAAAAGCAAAAGAUUUAUCUUAAACGGAUUAUGAUUCAUCAUGAUUCCCAUUAUGCUUCUAGUUGCAUGUGCGCACAGUAUUACCUGCAUCAGAUUAACUGCAUAGGUACUAUCCUAGGCGGAUUGGUGCGGGUCUCCGUUUCGUAGGUUUGCCUGCAUCCUCGGGUCUUUUUACUCCAGUCAUCCAGUAGAGUCCGGUGCGAUCUUGUACGAAAUGAUAACCGACGCUCAGCUAGGGUGUCUACCGAUACUCCGUCCACUGCGUCAGUCGUAUUGCCAGAGUGUUGCCCUUCACCCCCCGCCUUUACGAACAGCCCGGUUGAAUUUAAUAUCAGGGGUUUGCCUGAAAACUGUGACGCCUUGUAAACACCGCCAUGGCCAGUUAACGAUCCUUUCCUGCACUUCCAGUUUAAGGCACUAUGGCAACCCCCCGGGCACUUCGACAUUGCUGGGUUUGAACUGGGCGCACUUUACCUACCACAUCGCGCACUUACUACCUCUUGGGUUCAGACUAAAACAGCAAGGCGUGUCAUACGUCAGUCAGACCCGAAAUUUUUACUAUCCUCGCAUUUUUCACCUUAUUUAAAUUAGGUUUCCACUUUAUCAGGAUCGUCAGUUCCAGGCAUUCCCUACAAGCGCAAUUUACGCCUCCACUCGUUUGCCCCACCCGUAUAGCACCUAUUACGACCGGUCCCGUAAGUCAGGUAGCUGGGAGUUUUCGGUACCGGGAGGGUUAACUACUAUCAUCUAACCCAUUUUUGCGUCAGCCGUGCAAAAUGAAGCUUAAUGCUGUAAAACCAGCAUCUGAUCCUUCGUCAGCUCCUUCAACGACAGGUUGCUCGCCAGUUCGUCGUUUCUGGGCGACGUUGGAUUGGGCAGAUUUCGGAAUUUGUUCUCCAGUGCUGCGUCACGUAUCAAGCUCUGUUCGCGGGCUUGUUCAGUCACCCUCUGCGGGACCCGAUUUGUACAGAUCUCGCCCAUGAACUUACAAAAUCUUGUCUUUUCUUGGUCAAUCCUUUGACGGUACUCGUGAAAUGUCGCGUGGUAAUCUUGGAGGAUCACUCAGAUCAUUCUUCUGCCGUGCUGAAAUACUGCUUGUCUCGCCAAAUCCGUGUUAACCGGGGCAUGCAUGAAACACAUUUCUGUAAAAAAUCAUUGUUGAGACACCUGUACAGAAACCGGACUUGCGCAUACGUGAAGGUCGAUGAUUUCGAUCAACAGGCCGAUUAGAGCGCAUCGUGCCCAAAUAAAUUGCGAAUAGAAGCGAAGAGACGAGUUUGAGGAAGUAUUCAUGAAGAAGGAGACACCCAGUCUCCCAUGUUGCCUCCGACUGAGGAGAAGAAGAAGAAGAAGAAGAUGAUGAUGAUGAUGAUGAUGGUGGUGAUGAUGAUGAUGAUGAUGAUGAUGACGACGAUGAUGAUGAUGAUGAUGAUGGUGGUGAUGAUGAUGAUGAUGAUGAUGAUGAUGAUGAUGAUGAUGAUGAUGAUGAUGAUGAUGAUGAUGAUGAUGAUGAUGAUGAUGAUGAUGAUGAUGAUGAUGAUGAUGAUGAUGAUAGGCAGAAUAGCAUUACCGACAAAGACAAGGGAGACUGGAAUGGCCAUUUCUGGCUUAUUAGCCGUCGUCAGCCAGCCAUACCCAAGCCAGAAGUGUGA